AAGAAAUAGUAUGAAAUGAAAAGAGAAAGUGAGGGGGUCAAAAAGAAAAAGAAAACGAAAGCCGCCUCGCCUGACCUUAGCCGUCCCGUCCCGAGUCUCGACCCCAACCUGGCCGCUUCCACCGUGCUCCUCCUCCUCCCACCGCCGCCCGCCCCGCCUCGGCUCCGCCCAGCGCGCCGCCUCCUGCUCCUCCCGAGGCCCCGCCUCCCCGCCGCUCCUCCCCGCCCCGCCUUCAGCCGCGUCCCUCCCGCCGCGCCGCUCUCCCUCGACGACGGCACCGGUUGCGGCACUUCGCUGGUCCUGCGGCGGCGGCGGCGACGCGGUCGGGUGGCGCUGGUGACCGCGACCUCACCGGUACCCGCGGAAUCCAGAGAAGGAUACUCAUCUCAUUUAAGGAACUGCCAGUCUUCUAGCAGCUGGUACCUCCUGGCUUCAAUGGCGCAGCCAGCAGCUAAAAAGGCACCGUCGGUGUACCUGUACAUCCCCAAUCUCAUUGGAUACCUCAGGAUCAUCAUGAAUUUCAUUGCAUUUGCUGUGUGCUAUUCCAACAGGACACUCUUUGCUAUCCUGUACUUCUUCAGCUUCUUCUGUGAUGGCUUGGAUGGUUGGUUUGCCCGGAAGUUUAAUCAAGCAUCAACAUUUGGAGCUGUGUUGGACAUGGUAACAGAUAGGGUUAGCACUGCUUGUUUAUUGGCGCUUCUCUCACAGUUUUACAGACCUGGCUUGGUUUUCAUACUGUUACUUGGGUUGGACAUUUCAAGCCACUGGUUUCAAAUGCACAGUUCUUUCUUAUCAGGCAAGGCUAGCCACAAAGAUGUGAAGCACACAGAGAAUGGGCUUCUGAAAUUAUAUUACGGUUAUCGGCCAUUCAUGGCCUUCUGCUGUGUUGCCUCUGAGGUUCUGUACAUUAUCCUCUUUCUCUUUGCUGAUGAGAAGAAUACAAGCUUGCUCAGUGUGUGCAGAGGUAUUCUGAAGGAAAGUCCCCUUAUUGUCUUCGUGUUCAUUUCAACUCUAAUCGGUUGGGCCCUAAAACAAGUGAUCAACGUCAUCCAGAUGAAAACAGCUGCAGAUGCUUGUGUUGUGUAUGAUUUGAAAAGAGGCAAGUGAGGAAGCAGGACCCAGGUUUAGUUUUUAUUUGUGUUGGCAACUUGGCAUGUCCAAGAAAAACAUACGGUCAGGCGGGCUUGGUUGUAAGGCACAUAUGGUAGCUCCUUGAUGUAUCUCUUAACAUGUCUCUGGUCUGGGGGUUAACACGCUAUGGGAAAAGCAGCGUGAAAAGAAAAGGGAGAAACGCUAAAACAUGGAGAUUCAGAUUGACAGGUUCUGUAAUGUGUACAUCUUUUCUAUGUGGUGAAUUCGAUCUUUCUUUCUUUC